AUGCCGAAGAUCAAGAGCAUAGCCAUUAUCGGAGCCGGCCCAGCUGGCGCCAUUGCAGUCGAUGCACUAGCACAAGAGAAAGCAUUCGAUGUCAUUCGUGUAUUUGAAAGACAAGAGAAAGCUGGCGGAUGCUGGGUAUCAAGAGAUGACGAGCCGCCACAGCAGUUCGAUUUUGACGGUCUAGCUGCACGAACAGCAGAUGCGCCUCUCAAAAUCCCCGAGCACCUCCCGUGCCGGACGCCCGUAGUCUCCCAGGACCGGUUCAUGGAUUCACCCGUGUACCCGACGCUGGAGACUAAUGUGAACGCGGGAGCCAUGUCGUUUUCUCAAGAGGAGAUUCCUGAAGUUCGAUCGCAGUGGUCGAUCGAGCGUCAUGGUGCUGACACGCCUUUCCGACACCAUUCAGUUAUCCGCAAGUAUAUUGAGGACUUGUUUAACCGGAACGGGUAUCAGGAUCUUGUUCAGUAUAACACUACUGUUGAACGCGCGAUCAAAGACCCCAGCACUCAGAAAUGGGUGCUUACAUUCCGCAGGACGGAAGUUGUGGAUGGUGCAAAGUCGGAUUACUGGUGGUCUGAGGAGUAUGAUGCCGUUGUGGUGGCGUCGGGACAUUACGCGGUGCCGUUUAUUCCUGUGAUUCCCGGGUUGAAGGAGUUUGCGGCGAGGUAUCCGGGUAGUGUUCAACAUACAAAGCAUUAUCGGGGGCCUGAGAAAUAUCAGGGAAAGAAAGUCAUCACCGUCGGCGCGUCGGUUUCUGCUGCUGAUACCGCAGUGAGUCUAGUUGAUAGUGCCCAGACACCAGUCAUUGCUGUGGUUCGUGGUCGUUACAACGCCUAUUUCGGAGAUCUCGCUUUCCAGCACCCUAAGAUUGAGCGUCGCCCGCCCAUCUCACACAUUACCGGUCAUGAUCAAGGCGAACGGACCGUGCAUUUCGAAGACGGUACCUCUGAAACCGGUGUCGACCAUCUGAUUUUUGGAACUGGCUUCAGCUGGACUCUUCCUUUCUUGCCCGAGGUCGCCACACGGAACAAUCGUGUGCCAGAUCUCUACCAACAUGUCUUUUAUAGACAUGAUCCGUCCCUUGUUUUUGUAGGCGCAGUUGGUGCCGGAUUGACCUUCAAAGUCUUCGAAUGGCAGGCCGUCGCAGCCGCACGUGUUCUCGCCGGCAAAGCAAAUCUGCCCUCGAUCACCGAGCAGGAAAAAUGGGAAACCGACCGUAUUGCACAGAAAAGCGAUGGCCCCGGAUUCACAGUCCUUAACCCCGAAUUCGAGCCCUACUUCGAGAGCCUCCGCGAUCUUGCGGGGGAACCUCGUGGUGCAGGACGGCGUCUACCUCGAUUUGAGCAGAAAUGGCUGGCGUAUUUCGACGAAGGCCAUGAGCGCAGAAAGAAAAUGUGGCGACGAGCCAAUCAAACGGCUCGAUUGUAA